UGCAGCCACCAGACCUCGGCCAGGAGAUUUUAUCAUAUGGCGAGGGAAUAUUCAGCAUUGCACCUGCUCAAGGAAAGAAACCUGUUGGGUUUUUCAAAAUCCCAAAGCUGGAAUCCAUGGCGUUUCCCGUUCAGUUCCCUACUGGAGAAAACACAAUUGAUGAGGCAAGAGAAUUAGCAUUAUCUCCAAGUAUGUAUUUCAAUGCUAGAUUGCUCUCUGCCGACACACGUUUUGCUAGAGAUCAAAGUUACCUUUUCUUUGCACAGUUUGCAACAGAAACCCAUAUGGCCAGAAACAGCAUGACUGUUCAGUUGCGGAAAGGCAAACCAAUCACAAAAGAUGGCCGAAGAAUUUCGAAUAGGUUGCUUCAAGAUAACCGUGAAGUUGAAAGACUGGUGCGCAACAAAGACGCCACGCGGUUCAUGCAACCCCUUAGAGGCUCGCCAUCUUAUUGGGAGAAAACUCUAAGAGACCUACAAGCCAUGAUCCGGCAGUUGGGAACCCCCACAUUUUUUUGCACAUUCAGUGCAGCCGAAAUGCGAUGGCCUGAAGUAAUAACGGCAAUCAAGGCGCAGCAAGGUGAAGAGGUUGAUUUUUCAGAGCUUGACUGGAUGACAAAAUGUGAAAUCCUUCGAAGUAACCCUGUUACUGUCAUGCGGAUGUUUGAGAAACGAGUGGAUGCGCUAAUGACUCAACUGCUUUUGUCACCUGCCCAACCCAUUGGAAAGGUCAAGGAUUUCUUUUACAGAGUUGAGUUUCAAGCAAGAGGUAGCCCACAUAUACAUCUGCUUGCAUGGGUAGAAGAUGCACCUGAGUUUGAAAGCGAUUCUGAUGAAGUUGUUUGUGGCUUUAUUGACCGCUACAUAACAUGCAGGCUCCCUGAUUCCAUGGCUGAUCCUGAACUUCAUCAGAUUGUCACAGAGGUUCAACUUCACAGCAGGAAACACUCCAAGUCAUGCAAGAAAGGAAAUGUGUUGUGUAGGUUUGGGUUCCCUAAACUACCAAUGUCUGACACCACAAUAACUCGUCCGCGACCCCAACGACCUGAAGAAGAGGAAAACGAAGAGGAUAACCACCAAGACAGAAGAAAGUCACGAUCCGAUGCUGUUCAAAAAGCAAUGAGUGAUGCUAGGAUGAAACUCAAGCCAUUGUGGGAUUUGCUGAAUGAUCCCCAAGUCACCUUUGAAAACUUGUCUGAGCUACUGACAAAAUGUAACUUGUCCAUGGAGGAUUACAUGAAGUACACCACGGAGUUGUCCACAUCUAGUGUCAUUUUGAUCAAACGUGAUCCAAAGGAGGUUUGGGUUAAUGGAUACAAUCCGGAUUUGUUGAGAGCAUGGAAUGCUAACAUGGACAUUCAGUACAUACUUGACCCUUACAGCUGCAUCAUGUAUAUGCUGUCCUAUAUUUCCAAACCAGAGCAUGAAAUGAACGAGAUGCUGAAGAACGUAAUCAAAGCAGUGCGUGAAACAGAUGUGAACGAAGAGGAUGAAAUGAAGCACAUUAUGCAAGCCUAUUCGAAACAACGGCAAGUAAGCUCUCAGGAGUCUGUUGCACGAACAUGCAGCCUACCAAUGAAGAAGUGUUCGCGAAGUGUUGUGUUCGUACCAACCGACGAUGACGCUCUGAAGAUGAGUCUGCCCCUUAGUGUCCUAAUGAACAAAAAUCCAGAUUCAGAGGAUGUCUGGAUGUCAGGAAUAAUAGAUAAAUACAGAGCAAGGCCUCAAACACCGGAGUUUGAAAAGAUGUGUCUGGCAGACUUUGCUUCAAAUUACCGCAUUGUGUAUGGUCGGCAAACUAAAGGAAAGAAUGUGCAACGACUGCUCAACGAUAUGGGAUUUAUUCAGCAAAGAACUGUCGGUAAGGCUGCCGUUAUUCGAUACGCACGGUUUUCGGAGGAGAAACAACCGGAAAAGUUUUACGGAAGAUUAGUGAAACUUUAUGUGCCACAUCGUUUCAAUGCACAGCUGAAACCUCCAUCAUUUCCAACUUAUGAGCAGUUUUACAAGAGUGCAUUUGUAGAACUUCCUUCCCACCCUGGUCUCCGAAUGCCUGUAUGCGCAAUAGUGAAAACACACCAGGAGAAAUUCGAAAAACACAGUGAAGAAGUGGACAAAGCAAUUGAACAGUUGCAGCAGCAAGGCCCAUCUGAGAAUGCUUGGACAGCUUUUGCCCCUGAAGCUGAAGUGGAUAAUUUGGAGUGCAUUGCAGAACGAGAUGAUGUCAAUCCUGAUGAAGAGGAUAUGCAAGAUGAUGUGCCAGAAUACCAGAUUCUUCUUGAAGAUGGAGAUGGAGUCGUUCCUCAGAUAAAGGCACCACAGAUGAGUGUUGAAUUUGUCAGGAAGAUGUAUCAAAGUCUAAAUGAGACACAGGCAGCAAUAUUCUACAUUGUCUGUCAGUGGUGUCAGAAGCGCAUCUGGGGUCAUAAUCCGGAACAGUUUUUUUACUUUGUGUCAGGUGGUGCUGGUUGUGGAAAAUCACAUGUCAUUAAGUGCAUAUAUACGGAAGCAACCAAGAUCCUAAGACAACUGCCUCGACUUCAGGAGGAAGGGGAUCUCUCUAUGCCUACAGUGAUUUUGAGUGCAUUUACAGGAACAGCAGCAUUCAAUAUAUCUGGUAAAACACUGCAUUCCAUUUUAAAACUGCCAAGGAACUUAAAGCCACCUUAUCAAGGACUUGGGAAUGCUCUAGAUGAACUACGAGCAGAAUUAUGCAGUGUGGAGAUUCUCAUCAUUGAUGAAGUGUCCAUGAUUUCAAAGGAUCUUUUCGCCUAUGUAAACUGGAGACUUCAACAGAUCAGAGGCAGCAAGAAAGCAUUUGGAGGAAUCUCUGUUCUCGCUGUAGGAGACUUUUUCCAACUACCACCUCUUGGUAAAGCCAAACCGCUCUGUGUGUAUGAAGAUGAUGUUCUGGACUUCUGGAAGGACAGUUUUCAAAUAAUUACCCUUACAGAGAUCAUGCGUCAGAAGGAGGACCUUGCCUUUGCUGAGCUUUUAAACCGACUGCGAGUGAGGCAGAAGACUGAUGCUCUUAGAGAAGAAGACCGAGUUCUGUUACUCCAAGCUGUAAAGAACCCAGAAGACUGCCCUCAUGAUGCUCUGCACAUAUUUGCAACCAACAAGGAAGUUCACAUGCACAAUACUAAAACAAUACAGGCUAUUCACACUGGCAUCAUAACCAUUGAUGCCGAAGACUACAGGAAAGACCCAAGAACAGGAGUGAUGAAAAGACAAAAGAAACCUGUCACUGGAAAGAAGGAUGACUUGCUGGAUUCUAUACAAGUUGCAGUGGGAGCUCGUAUAAUGGUGACAAGGAAUCUGGAUGUUGAAGAUGGAAUUGUAAAUGGAUGUUUUGGUCAGAUUGUUAACAUUGUCACUAAAACAAGAGAUGGAAUCGCCACUGUACACAUGCUAGGACUUCAGCUCGACAAUCCAAAUGCAGGUCUGAAACACCGCAGAAGAGUGCAAGGUGAAGACGACAACUCUGUGUAUAUUGAGAGAUCUGAAGAAAGUCUGAGAAAAGGAACAGUUCGUCGUCAAUUUCCCAUCAAGCUCGCUUAUGCCUGCACAGCUCACAAAGUUCAAGGAAUGACUAUGCAGUCUGCCGUAGUGUCAUUGAAAAAGAUUUUUGAACCUGGAAUGGCCUACGUUGCUCUCAGCAGAACAACUUCACUUUUUGGAUUACAUAUUACAGACUUCGUUGAAAAGAAGAUUUAUGCUGAUCCUGAAAUCACAGCAUCAUUGCAGAACAUGAGCAAAGUGACAUUCAAAGGAAUCAUGCCACUUUUGCAACACAUAAGGGAAAUCAACCAGGACCAAACACUUAAAAUAGUUCACCACAACACGGAAGGACUGUCAUCUCACAUCGAGGAUAUCAGAUGCCAUCAUGAGCUACUUUUAUCGGAUAUUCUUUGCAUAACGGAAAGUCACUUGUCUGGCUCAUGUAUUCCACAACAUCUCCAGUUGGAAGGAUACAAGAUGUUUGCACGGAAUAGACAUGUCUCCUACUCAAUGCAUGCAGAAAUGGCAAAGAAAGACGGUGGUGGAGUUGCAAUAUUUUGCAAAGAAGAUAUUCAAGCUCAGUCCAGACAGUACAUCCAAAGUGUCACAGACCUGGAGUUUGUUGUCAUCAAAAUCGACACCCCAAUGUGUGCAACAAUUGCUGCAGUGUACAGGCCACCAAACUACAGUCUUGAAAAAUUCUUGCCGAAUUUAAGGGGCCUACUUGAUUAUCUGGACAUCGUAGACAAACAUCCUGUAAUCAUCAGUGGAGACUUUAAUGAGGACCUCUUAUCUGCUGGAAGAAAGGCUAUUCUGGAGAUGUUUCAAUCCAGGGGAUAUACACAGCUAAUCACAUCAGCUACAACUGAGAAGCACACACUACUGGAUCACAUAUACAUCUCACAUCCGGACUUGUGUCUUCAGUCGGGUGUGUUACAGACCUAUUACAGUUACCACAAUCCUGUGUACUGUAUAUUGCGAAAAUGACAUUCUGUGGUUGGCCAAUAUUGUCAUGUUUUUUGCCAUACGGAAUCCUGGGCAUCGACUACACAUUAACUUUCUUCAGGCUCUGUGGUGCUGGACGUGCAUAAUGUGGUGGUUAUGAUUGUGGUGUUUCGACAGAUGGAAUGAUGGGCAAUAAGUAUUAAAAGUUGCAAUAGGGCUCUGACAGCCUUAGCCAAUGGGUUGACUCGAAUGGUUGUGCACUAAUUGUUGUGUUGUUAUGCCAUACGAAACCGGGGGCCACUGAACCUGCAUUAACGACGACAGUGGGGGCUCACUGACAGCCUUAGCCAACGGGUUGGUGCGUAUGGUCGCAUUGUUUUGUUGUCUUGCGUUGUGUUGACAUGCCAUACAAAACCGGGGGCCACUGAACCUGCAUUAACGACGACAGUGGGGGCUCACUGACAGCCUUAGCCAACGGGUUGGUGCGUAUGGUUGCAUUGUUUUGUUGUCUUGCGUUGUGUUGACAUGCCAUACAAAACCGGGGGCCACUGAACCUGCAUUAACGACGACAGUGGGGGCUCACUGACAGCCUUAGCCAACGGGUUGGUGCGUAUGGUCGUGUUGUUUUGUUGUCUUGCAUUGUGUUAUCAUGCCAUACGAAACCGGGGGCCACUGAACCUGCAUUAACGACGACAGUGGGGGCUCACUGACAGCCUUAGCCAACGGGUUGGUGCGUAUGGUCGUGUUGCAAUGAGAUUGUGGCAUCUAUGGUCAUUUAACAGUGUUAUGGCAGUGAGUUACAAAGCAGGUACAGCAGCAGGAAGGACGAAGGAGUAAUGUGGGAGCACGAGGGAGGACACUAGGAAGUAAAGGCGGCGGCAGCAGCAGCAGCAUACAGGAUGCAGUGAGGAUUAGUGUGGCAACUCCAAGGAGGACACAGACAGUGAGGGCAACAGCGGCAUUGCAGGAAGAAUUUUGAGACGAUAGCAGUCCUAUCCAACAAUGGAUAUGAGUGUUCAAUAUACCAUCUAAAGCUAAGUGUUUUAAGAACUUGCUUCAGUCACUGUACUACUGCACAUUGUAACUACUUUUGGAGGAAUAUUUUAAGCUAAUUCUGAUUUUGAUGUUUUUCAGGAAGCGCCAGGUCAGAAUGUCUGAGAAGAUCAAGUGUGCUACAACACCGAUAAUGACAAGCUGGGUACAUUGGAAAGCUGGAUUUCUUUAAAUAAUGUGACCAAACCCAUUUGGCAUUUAGGACAAUACUGAAGACUAAAGAAUCAAAUGAAGAACCACAUUGAAGCAGUAGAGAGUGUCCAGCCUGUAUGCAAUGUCAGAUCCAGCGGAGAGAUGUCGGGAGCUGCUUCACUACACCACUCAUUGCAUUAAUUAAUUUCAUUUUAUUUAAAAUUUAGUUUUAUCAUAUUAAAUAAUUGGUUUCUAUAUAUAGAUAUUAAAAUAUAAAAUAUUAGUUUAAUAUAAUAAUUGGUUUCAAUAUAUAGAUAUAGAUAUAUAGAUAUUAAAAUAUAAAAUAUUAGUUUAAUAUAAUAAUUGGUUUCAAUAUAUAGAUGUAAAUAUAUAGAUAUUAAAAUAUAAAAUAUUAGUUUAAUAUAAUAAUUGGUUUCAAUAUAUAGAUAUUAAAAUAUAAAAUAUGAGUUUAAUAUAAUAAUUAGUAUCAAUAUAUAG